AUGGGCCCCUGUACCGCCUCCUCAUGCUGCUGCCAGGCCCCUAAUCUGCCAUGGGCCCCUGUACCGCCUCCUCAUGCUGCUGCCAGGCCCCUAAUCUGCCAUGGGCCCCUAUACCGCCUCCUCAUGCUGCUGCCAGGUCCAGAGUCUCUCAUGGGUCCCUGUACGGCCUCCCAUUGCUGCUGUCUCCAUCGCCACACUCUGCCAUGUGCCACUUUCAGGUCUCCUCACACUGCUGGUGUGUUCCAUUUUUUGUCAUAGGGUGCUGUACGGCCUCCCAUUGCUGCUGUCUCCAUCGCCACACUCUGCCAUGUGCCACUUUCAGGUCUCCUCACUCACACUGCUGGUGUGUUCAAUUUUUUGACAUAGGGUGCUGGCAGAUUAGCAGAUUACGGGCCUCCCAUAGCUGCUGC